AUGAAAUCACAACUAAUGACACAAGAGUUACAUUUCAUUUUUCUGCUUUCCAAAACAGUUUGUUCAGACAUCAUGAGUCUCUUGGAAAUUAUUGUGUCCAUUGCAAUUCUGUCAGAAAUUAUUCUUGGAACCUUUGCCAAUGUCUUCAUUGUUCUGGUGAAUUACACUGACUGCAUCAAGAGAAGAACAUUCUCCUUAGCUGAUCGAAUUCUCAUUGCUCUGGCCUUCUUCAGGAUUGUUGUGCUUUUGAUAAUAUUAAUGAAUUGGUGCUUAACUGUGUUUCAUCUAGCUUUGUCUUUACAAGUACGGUUUAGUAUUUGUGUUGGCUGGGCAGUAGCCAACCAUUUUAAUACAUGGCUUGCAGCUAUACUCAGCUUACUUUAUUUGUUGAAGAUAAGUAAUUUCUCUAAUCUUAUUUUUCUUGUUCUGAAAGGAAAAAUCAAGAGUGUCCUUAUUGGUGUACUUUUGACAAGUUUGGUCCUUUUAUUUCCUAAUAUUAUGAUAGUAACCAUAUGUGAGCUAACCCAAGCGAAUGGACAAGGAGGAAACUUGACUGGGAAGACCAAACUGACUUAUUUCAUGAACCUAAACUUGAUCACUUUCACUCUGGACAAUGUCAUCCCCUUCACCAUAUCCAUGAUCUGUUUUCUUCUGUUAAUCUAUUCCCUGUGUAAACACCUAAGGACAAUGAAGCUUUAUGGAAAAGGAUCCCAUGAUGCUAGUGCUUUAGCUCACAUUAAGGCUUUGAAAGCUGUGAUCUCCUUUCUGUUGUUAUUUUCGAUGUUUAUUCUGUCUCUAAUCAUAUCAGGUUAUAAUUAUACAAAGUCUCUAGAUGACCCAGUCCACAUGAUUUGCCAGGUUAUUGGAGCCUUGUAUCCUUCAAGCCAUUCUUAUAUCUUGCUAUGGGGAAAUAAGAGGAUCAAACGUGCUUUUGUGUUGACAAUGCUACAGCUGAGGGCAAGGCUCUGGCUGAAAGAACAGAAACCUUGA